UUGGCUCGUCGCCUUCUCCGGUUCUCCCAUCUCGGUCUGACCAGUGCGGGGCAGGCAGCGUAAUUUUCAGAGACUUCGAACCGCGCCGCCGCCGCCAAGCCAUGGAGGGAUCCGCUGGGGCGCCGCUCCGCACGCGCGUAUGCAUCAUCGGCAGCGGGCCGGCGGCGCACACGGCGGCCAUCUACGCCGCCCGCGCGGAGCUCAAGCCCGUGCUCUUCGAGGGCUGGCUCGCCAACGACAUCGCGGCGGGGGGGCAGCUCACCACCACCACCGACGUCGAGAACUUCCCGGGGUUCCCCGAGGGCAUCCUCGGCGGGGACCUCAUGGACCGGUGCCGCGCCCAGUCGCUCCGGUUCUCCACCAACAUCAUCUCCGAGACCGUCACCGCGGUCGACUUCUCCGCCCGCCCCUUCCGCGUCGCCUCCGAGUCCACCACCGUGCUCGCCGACGCCGUAGUCGUCGCGACCGGCGCCGUCGCCCGGCGACUCCACUUCCCCGGGUCCGAUGCCUACUGGAACCGCGGCAUCUCCGCCUGCGCCGUCUGCGACGGGGCCGCCCCCAUCUUCCGCAACAAGCCCAUCGCCGUCAUCGGCGGCGGUGACUCCGCCAUGGAGGAGUCCAAUUUCCUCACCAAGUACGGCUCCCACGUGUACAUCAUCCACCGCCGGAACGCCUUCCGCGCCUCCAAGAUCAUGCAGGCAAGGGCUUUGACAAACCCCAAGAUUCAGGUCGUCUGGGACUCUGAGGUCGUCGAGGCCUACGGCGGCGAGGGAGGAGGCCCAUUGGCUGGUGUCAAAGUGAAGAACUUGGUUGAUGGGAAGAUCACCGACCUUCAGGUAGCCGGGCUCUUCUUCGCCAUCGGACAUGAACCGGCGACCAAGUUUCUCGGUGGGCAGCUUGAGCUCGAUGCUGAUGGUUAUGUGGCCACCAAGCCGGGCUCCACGCACACCAGUGUGGAGGGGGUCUUCGCUGCUGGGGAUGUUCAGGACAAGAAGUAUCGCCAGGCCAUUACUGCUGCCGGAUCAGGGUGCAUGGCUGCUUUGGACGCGGAGCACUAUCUGCAGGAGGUCGCAGCGCAGGAGGGCAAGGCCGAUUGACUAUCCCAGGAGGAAGCAGCCGCCAGCAUACCUAGAAGUCCAACGCUGCCGCUGCUGAAAGCUACACUCUGAACAUUAUGGGAUGGGCUGCUGUUCUGAACGCUUUUUACCGGAUUUCCGUGCCAUUUAUGAGCGUCACGUUAUUGACGUGCUGGAUAUUUAUCUGUAUUUACGCUGAAGACGUUGUAUUGUUUGCGGAUAUCCGCAUUUUCUGCACUUCUUGAUGAUUGAGUUAUUAUAGUGCCGUUUCUAGUGAGUACCAAACUAAGGAAUGAAUUGUGUAUUAUGAAGAAUCCCCAAUGCUUGUGAUAAGAUGGGUAUCACCACUAGUCUGUUUAUUUAGAUACCGUCCUUUUUAAGUGUAACUUGGCACCUUUGGUACCUAAUUACUCUUUUUCUGCAA